UCGUCUGUGGAGCUGUUAGCUUUUCAAAAUUAUCAUUUCAACCUGUGACUUUGUCAGACACAAAGUGUGUCUUUUGUUUCUUAUAUUUUAGUUUUCUUUUUUUUCGAAUCAAGUUCAACUAAAAAAUCUUAUUGAAUUUAAAUCAAAAUGGGCAACGUUCAAAUACCGAUUGAAGUUUCGAGUCAUCAGAGGAUACCAUCUUUAGAAAGUUCGGAAUCAUUUUUCGGAAAAAAUUUUACAGUUCAACAUAUUCCGGCGCUAAUUAACCAUUUGAAAAAUGAAACUUCAGUCAACUAUAACAUGCUUAAUUCUUUUUUGAGUAGAAAUUUUUUAAGACUCAUUAAUGGUGAGUAUUUUUUGGAAUUCCCGUUGGAAGCUGUCAAAUACAUUCUGUCGUUGGAUUUAUGUGUUGAAACUGAAUACAGCAUUUUUCAAGCCAUCUUAAAUUGGAUUCAGCAUGAUCAAUGUCGUAUCGUUCAUCUUCAGGAGCUCCUGAAAUGUAUACGUUGGUGCUAUACAUUCAAAACCUGUUAUUUGCAUAUAAAAGAAAAUGAAUUUAUGAUUAAAAAUCUUCCAGAUGAACUUGAUGCAUUAUCAUGUGAACCAAAUGAAUGCCGCAAUUCAUGUUUUAAUAGCCGAAUCAAAGAGAAACAUUUAAUUUCUCUUUAUUUUUUGGCCGAGAACAAAAUUGGUAUGAGUUUAUACACUGGUGACAAUUUUUGGUCAUAUUGUGCUUCAUUCGACGAAGAUGAUCAAAUUCCUAUUGGAGUCAUAAGCGAAGAACAUGUUGUCGACGUUAUCUUUGAUUCUGGCCGAACUGGGGUUAGAUUUGAUCUUGUUCAAAAAAAAUAUCGGUUUUUAGAUAUGUCUGGAUCUCCAAGCGCUUAUUAUAAUCAACUUCAUGAUUGUUUUAAGCCAAAAUUUGAUAGAGAAAGUUCUUACAGAGCCUACAUUCAGGAUGGCGUCAAGAAAAUUGAAGAUUGGGUUGAUCUUCAAAAGAACACUCUAAUUGAAUACAAAGGAGAGAUGCAUAUCAUUUGCUACACUCAAAAGGAGCAAAAAUUAUAUGUCUUUUUACCUGUGGAACAUGUUCAUUGGUACAAUAGCCCAUUUGCCGAACAUCGAAUCCAUGCAUGCAUCGUAAACGAUGUAUGUUACAUCAUUACGAAGUCAUUGAGUUUUCGCGUCUUCGAUAUGUUAAAGAAAACUAUCGAGAAGUCUAAACCGUUCGCAGAUAUGCAUCUAUCUUUUGAUGACUUGCAGAUGGAUCAACAUAAGUCGAAUAUAAUACUCUUGAUAAAGUCACUAAAGAAAAUAAUGAUGUUCGAUACUCGCAAGAAGGUGUGGACAUUAAUGGGACAAAUUCAUUUUGAAAAUAAAAUGAUAGCAUUGACUUCAACUUAUAUGCCGGUUCAGUUUAUAAAAAAGAUGUAUGCAAAGAGUUAAGUAAGAUUUAAUUUUGUCAUUAUGUCAUUAUCAUUCUAAGGUAGUGGAAAUAAAAAUUUAGACAUAA